AUGAAUAAAACUAUUAAUCAGCCAAGUAGAAACUACCGCAAAAAGUGUUUAAAAAAUUUUAAAUCUCCAAUAAAGGAAUUUUUCACAAAAAAGAAAUAUUAUCCACUGUGGACUAAGCACCGCCGAUUUAUCUACAAUGACCACACUGUUCGCAAUCCAUGAGAGAUUAAUCAAUCAAACUAUAAAUUUGAUGAGCGCUCAAUAUUGCUAUUACACAUUAACUAUAUUGACAGAAAUAUCAAACCCAUUGAUAAUAACUUGAUAAUGUUUUAUUCCAGAUGCAGUAGAUUUAUUGGAAUUAAUAAAAAAUUCGCAAAAAUAAUUUUUGAUUAUAAAUUUGAUCCACCUUUUCAGUCAUAUCAUCGAGAAGUAAAGAGAUGAAAUAAGGGAAAAGAGGAAAGAAUUGAGAAAAAAUUUAAAAGAGAAAAUAGGCAAUUUCGAAAUAUGAAAUUUUUAGAUUUGCUUGAAGGAGUUUGUAAGAGUUUAAGUAAUGAAUUCCUUUAG